CGCAUGCCAAUCUGUUUACAUCAUGAGCAGAGAGCUCAGAGGCAACGCGUAUGUUGCAGCGACAUGGACUAGUUGAAUUGUUGUUUAAGUUUCCUUCAUUGACAGAUACAAUUUUUUGUUCAGGCCGCUAGAUCAGCAGAGUUGAAACAGCAGGACCAGCAGAUAUCACCCCGGGGGUGUGUGCAUGUGUGCUAGAAUCUGACCAGCUGAAGGAUAUCUCACCACAGUCGACCCUCCAGAGGAGCCGAGCGGUCCCCUGGCCCUCUACCCGCCCAGGAGACACUGGCAGUGGGUAGACCAGGAUGGAGACCUCGUUCAGCUCCACCUUCUCAGCAGUGGCUCCAGGCCCUAAAUCGGAAGGUUCUAGCAGCUACAAACAACACCGUCGUACGCCCUCCUCCACCAGCACCCUCACCUACUCACCUGGCGAUGACGAUGGCAUGCCCCCCAUGGGAACCCCACGGCGCUCUGACUCUGCUAUCUCAGUGAGGUCCCUCCACUCUGAGUCCAACAUGUCCCUGCGCUCCACCUUCUCUCUGCACGAGGAGGAGGAGGACACGGAGCCCCAGGUGUUUGCAGAGCCGCCGUCGGUGAAGCUGUGCUGCCAACUGUGCUGUAGCAUCUUUAAGGAUCCCGUCAUCACCACCUGUGGGCACACCUUCUGCAGACGCUGUGCCCUAACCUCAGAUAAGUGCCCGGUGGACACGGCCAAGCUGACCGUGGUGGUGAACAACAUCGCCGUGGCAGAGCAGAUAGGAGAGCUGUUCAUCCACUGCAAGUACGGCUGCCGGUCUGUCAGCACGCCCGCAGGUGCUGCCCCCGCCAGCUCCCCCAAACCUGGCGCCCCCGCCAGCUCCCCCAAACCUGGCGCCCACGAGGUGGACCCCCUGGGCUGCCCCUUCACCAUCAAGCUGUCCUCACGCAAGGAACAUGAGGUCAGCUGUGACUACCGGCCGGUCCGCUGUCCCAACAACCCCUCCUGCCCCCCCCUGCUCACCAUGAACCUGGAGGCUCAUCUCAAGGAGUGUGAGCACAUCAAGUGUCCCCACUCCAAAUACGGCUGUACAUUCAUAGGUAACCAGGACACGUACGCCACCCACCUGGAUGUGUGUAAGUUUGAGGGGCUGAAGGAGUUCCUGCAGCAGACUGAUGACAGGUUCCAUGAGAUGCAGCUGGCUCUGGCCCAGAAGGACCAGGACAUGGCCUUCCUGCGCUCCAUGCUGGGCAAGCUCUCCGAGAAACUCGACCAGCUGGAGAAGAACCUGGAGCUCAAGUUCGACGUGCUGGAUGAGAACCAGAGCAAGCUGAGUGAGGACCUGAUGGAGUUCCGUAGAGACGCCUCCAUGCUCAACGACGAACUCUCUCACAUCAACGCCAGACUCAACAUGGGCAUCCUGGGCUCCUACGACCCUCAGCAGAUCUUCAAGUGUAAGGGCACCUUCGUGGGUCACCAGGGCCCAGUGUGGUGCCUGUGUGUCUUCUCUACUGGAGACCUGCUCUUCUCCGGGUCCUCAGACAAGACCAUCAAGGUGUGGGAUACCUGCACCACCUACAAGUGCCAGAAGACCCUGGAAGGCCAUGAUGGCAUUGUGCUGGCACUGUGUAUCCAGGGGAACAGACUGUACAGUGGUUCUGCUGACUGCACCAUCAUAGUGUGGGACAUACAGACCCUACAGAAGGUGAACACCAUCCGUGCCCAUGACAACCCAGUGUGUACGCUGGUGUCCUCUCACAACAUGCUCUUCAGCGGCUCACUCAAGGCCAUCAAGGUGUGGGACAUCGUGGGGACAGAGUUGAAGCUGAAGAAGGAGCUGACAGGGCUGAACCACUGGGUUCGAGCCCUGGUCGCCUCGCAGAACCACCUCUACAGUGGCUCCUACCAGACCAUCAAGAUCUGGGACAUCCGCUCCCUGGAGUGUGUCCAUGUCCUCCAGACCUCUGGGGGCAGUGUGUACUCCAUCGCUGUCACCAAUCACCACAUCGUGUGUGGCACCUACGAGAACCUGAUCCACGUGUGGGAUAUCGAGUCUAAGGAGCAGGUGAGGACUCUGACGGGGCACGUGGGGACAGUGUACGCCCUGGCUGUCAUCUCCACCCCCGACCAGACCAAGGUGUUCAGCGCCUCCUACGACCGCUCGCUCAGGGUGUGGAGCAUGGACAACAUGAUCUGUACCCAGACCCUGCUGAGGCACCAGGGCAGCGUCACGGCUCUGGCCGUCUCCAGGGGACGCCUCUUCUCUGGAGCGGUGGACAGCACUGUCAAGGUGUGGACCUGUUAGAGGAAGAAUCAGCUGGUUCACAGAGGUCCAAGGUCCGUUCUCAGUGAUCAGACUUUCAUUUUACAUAAAACCAUUUCAACUCUUGACCUUUAUACACACACACACAUACGCCUCAAUCUGAUUGUGAUUCCACAGCCACAGAAUAUGUCACCUUUGGGAUCCCACUUCUGCAGACUAUUAUUACUUAACAUCCUUUUUAGACUUGACCUUCGACCUUUUGCCCUGAUAUGAAUGUGAGGGUCAAUGGGGGGGAGGGGUCCAAACUGGGGUCACGCCCUCUGUGACCUCAGCACCAGUGCAUUAUGGAGGAGCUGUAUUCUCCCACCGCCAAGAUAAUUGGACGCCACAGGCGCCUCAUUUACAUACCAGGAAGUGGAGGUUCCCGGGGACCGUGGGUGUGGUGUCUCCUGUAUGACGCCAUGCUGCUUCCAGAGGUCACAACCUGUGCGGGAGCGUUCAGCAGCAACGCUGUUACACUGGGUUUAUAGUGCCAUGGUUGAAGGGUGGAAGUGAGUCACGUUCAGCACCACUCAACGGUUGUGUACAUGCUGUAUAGAAAAAAAACACCAAAACGAACAAGCAAUCUGAUUAUGUGUAAUGAUUUAGCAGAGAGAGAGAGAGAGAGAGAGAGAGAGAGAGAGAGAGAGAGAGAGAGAGAGA